UAUGUUACUAAGUCUUGAAAACGGUACCUCAGCAGCUCAUAACCAUCAAUACUCACCAUUAUACUGUACAUUUGAAGUUUAUAGUGUUUAUACUAUUUUUCGGCACAAUGACCGCGUAAUAAGAGCAACAUGUGUGACGUAAAACCAAAAUCAAAAGGUAAAUCAUUUAAGAAGUACUAACAGUAAUGAGCAUCAUUUAUUCGAUUCGUCGAUUUCUAUUCCAUUUGCCUGGUAAACGGUUUGGAUAUUACAGAGCUAUUCCAAUAUUCAUGAUUGCUGGUGCUGGUCUAGAGUAUUUGAUGAUAACUUGGCGUCCGUUCGGUGUAAAUUUUUAUGAAGUAUAUAAACGUAAACAAGCCAAAGAAAUAGCUGCCAAUAGGUUGAACGAAGAACACUAAUGUCUGGAAAUAUAUCAAUUGCUGCUUAUGUGAAAUUUUCACUUAUGGCCAUGGCCUCUAUGAUGUUAGGAUCACAACUAGUUCAUAACCGAUACAAGCCACUGGAUGAUUUAGAAGAUUAUGUUGAAAAAGAAAUAGAAAAACUUAAAGCUGCCAAGGAAUUAAAAGAAUAAUGGAUUUUUUGAUUAGUGGACAUUUUGUUAUCAUUAUUUACCUAUGUUAGAGAGAAUAAACUAAAAAUAUU